GACGUCCCGGCGCGCCUGUCCCGGGCAACCUGUUGCUUCCUCGGUGUCACGUGGUUUCUGACUGUUCCGACCCUUACGCACCGUGUUUUCGUUAUGGAUACGUUUUUCAGUUGUGUUCUAUUGACUUUUCUGUAAUUAGGACUCUUUCGCAUCCGGUUUUUCUAUCCUCCGUGCUCUAUAAGUACUGUGCUUCGUUUUGAAUGCGAUGUUAAGUUGUGUUUUACGGACUCUUCGACUACCUCGAUUUUCGUUCUUAUUUCUCUCUACCUCCCAUGUGUAUGGAAAAAACACUUCUGUUUCUUGAGUGCGGUUUUAACGGCGUUUUAAGGAUUUGACUUCUGUUUAUUUGUUUCUGACGUGCGAUUUUAACGGCGUUUUAAGGAUUUGACUUCUGUUUAUUUGUUUCCGACGUGCGAUUUUAACGGCGUUUUAAGUAUUUGACUUCUGUUUAUUUGUUUCCGACGUGCGAUUUUAGCGGUGUUUUACUGACUUUACUUCUAUUCAUUUUCAUGUGUGCUCAUUUAUUUAAAUUCUAAAAUGUGUUCUAAAUAGCGCCUACGGAUUUUACUUCUAUUGAUUUUUCAUGAGCAUUCCGUUUGUAACUCAAUCCAGACUAUUUUAAAAAGCGUUUGAGUGAUCUUCAAUUGCGCGCCCGAAGUCCAUGCGACCGCAAGCAUGUGCGCGAGUGCGUUAUUAGCGCCGGUUUUCGGAUUUUACUACUGUUGAUUUUUCUUGCGUGCUCUUUUUGUUAUUCUUUUAAGUCCAUAUUAAAAUGCGUUUAAGUGGUUUUUAACUGCGGAGUCCCGGAGUCCAUGUGACAAUCAACAUGCGUGCUAAAAAAAGUGGACGGAAGAUGCCCUCCUAUGAAAAAUGGCUACGGGCCCGAUUUGAUAAAUACUAUGAUAAAGCCUUCGUUAAAGCCUUUGACAAAAACACUACCGAUGAGGAGUGUAAAAGCGAAGCUAUAGAAGAGAGCCGUAAGUCUUGCGCGGUAGAAGAGAUCGUGGAAGUAGAGCCUAAAAAAAUGGAAGUGAAUGGCAAUUAUAUGGUCGCCGCACCCCCCCAAUCGGACGGCCCCCGUGCGCCAAGAACCCGUCGAAGUCGGAGCUACGGGGGUUGCGUUAUCGAACCCCCUCGGAUGGAGGGCGCUCUCGCGUUUUGUACUUUCUCGGACGAACCGGAGGACCAAGACGACGUCGUCAUCACGUGGGAAGACGGCGAAUUCACACGCGAGUGUGACGUGAAACCGGAAGAAGUUGACCCGUCAAGCGAGUGCGAAGCCAAAUCGGACGAUGCUGACUCGUUAAACGGAGAGCGUAACAAGUGCGACGAAGACGACGAUUUGUGCGAGAUCGUGGAAGUGAGGGGUAACGACGAUAUCGUGAAGGAAAAUCUGGAUGAGAGCGAGUGCGCCAGAGCGGUCGCGUCGAUCCUCGUGGAGCCCUCGGACGACGACGACGAACCGGGAACUUUGUACAUCUGCCUCUCGAGCGACGACGAGUGCCCCGCGGUCGAUGAAAACGCCAAGUACGCGCAGUUCUGCGAGGGGAUCAACGACACGUCUACACCCGCCGUUGAUGAGGAGCAACCUCAAGGAAACCGCGCACAAGCUCCCGAAAAUGAACCACCGCUAGUCCUUGAUGAUGCCAACAUUGUCAGUGGUACGCGUAACACCACCGGUGAACAGAACAAACUGUCCUGUCCUAAGCCGAAACGCCCAAGGGGGCGACCUUCUAAGCGUAGGUCUAAGGGACUUGCGGUUUCCACUGACGUAGAUGUCCCGAACACGAAAAGUGCUGAACUUCCUGUCCUUGACGAGGCUACUUUGGUCACUGUUCUCAGCGAUGGAGGCGACAAACCGUCUGAUCGGAAUCCAAGAAGUGCUACCUUAGUCACCGGUCUCAGCGAAGGAGGCGACAAACCGUCUGAUCAGAAUCCAACAAGUGAUAUGCCUAACAUCCAUGGCGAUCUGGAGAUAGUGGCAUCUUUUCAAAAGCCCAAAGUCAUAAAGAGGCGGCCGGGGCGACCACUUGGUAGUAAGAACAAGAAAAUUGCGGCUCCCGCUGUUCUAGGUGACGUAGGUGACCCGAGCGCGAUCAGUGCCAAAAUUUCCAGCCCCGAAGACUCGACCUUAGUUGCCGGUCGUAGCGGAGAAGGCAACCAACAGUCCGGCGUCGGAUCACCCGCGAAAAGUUCAUUGGACGCUAUCAUCGAGAUGGUGGCAGCCCAGAAGGAGGACAUAGUGAAAAAGAGGAGGCCUUACCGCCGGAAGAAGAGCGCAACUGACGAAUCAGCCACUAGGAGGCCUUACCGCCGGAAGAAGAGCGCAACUGACGAAUCAGCCACUUCGAACGUCGAAGGUCAACCGCUCCCAGCGACGUUCCUUAUAGCCAGAAGUAUCGUAAGGGAUUGGUACGUAGCAAGCGUCGACAAACCUCGGCCACAGACUUCCAGACCAGCGUCCAGCGUCGUGGAAAGUCCCGAAGUGCUUGUCGCCAACGAUAAGUCCACGCCAGGAGUUGUCGUCGCCCCGAAGCCUCGGAAACUUGCGCCGUCGGCAAGCGCUGGGAAAAGCGCAGGAUGUGGACCACCAACCCUCACUCGCCACCCAGAUCAGUUCACCAGCACUCUGUUUCAAAGUUACCAGGUGAUGAAUUCCUGGUCGCACGGUCCGAUCAGCUGCACCAAACAGCAGCAUUUAAGACGGUCACCUGCGCCGGUUGGAGUCAAGCCCGUGACAUCCGCGGCAAGUGCCAGCUCCGUAGCAGGGACAGCGGCCCCCGUCGCGGCCACAACCAACACUACGACGAGCCACAGGGAUAUUUUGGCCACGCCGCUCCUCAACAGAGCCCACUCGCCCAGGACCCAUAGCCCCGCCCGUGAGAGGGACAGCUAUAGUAGUAAUGUCAGUACAUUAAGUAGAGGAAGUGUGCCAACACCGGUGAGCAAUUCUUCCCCAUUUUCAACGCCUUCAAUUCCUCCAGUCUCGGCUCCAGCUUUACCUCCUGUAUCUUCUAGUCUAACUUUCAACAAAGCAUCUGUCUGGCCAGCGCCGGGUGGUGCAAGUAGUCCUGCUACAGCGGCUCGUCAGCAUCCUCAUUAUCCAUCGACAGCGCCCUUGUUUCCGCCAGUCACGACGGCACCUUCGUUGGCUCCUCCCCCAAGUGCAGCGCCUUCCCAGGCACCUAACCCAUUCUCUGCUGAAUCUCUUUUCCAAACAAAUCAAGCUGAUUUACUAAGGCGGGAGCUGGACAAUAGAUUUCUGGCUUGCCAAAGUGGCGGUGCUCCUCCAACGUUUCUGCGGACGGAAAUGCAUCACCAUCAACAUCAACAUACUCAUGUCCAUCAACAUACACCAUUGUUGCCUCCGCCCCCUCCGACCCACGCAACUCACCCGAGCCUGUUUCCACCCCCUCCUAUUUUCAAAGAUAUACCAAAACUUGGUGGCGUUGAUUCACCUUUCUACCGUCAAAAUCUAGGACUGAACAGUUAUCCAGGUUUUUCACCAGGACUCCUGCAUCCAACUCUUGGUGCAACACCAUUUGCGCCUCCAGCGCAUCUCCCUACAUUUACGCCAAAGCAAUUGACUGAUCCUACCAAACCUAAACCAGUGAAAACUGGCAAAUGGAAUGCAAUGCACGUUCGGAUAGCAUGGGAAAUCUACCACCACCAACAGAAGCAGUCAGCAGUAGAGCUGAAAGGCACCAAAACGGAAGGACUGCGACCCCCGAGUCACCUGUUCCCAAGGCCUCAGGAUUUCCCGCAUUUCCGACCGCCUUCUUUCGAAACGUCAGCGCACCCUGGUCACCCUGGAAGCCAUCCCUCUCACACCACGCAUCCUUCACAUACAGCACAUCCCUCUCACCCGUCGCAUCCAGCUCACCCUGCGCACCCCUCUCUGCCAUCUCAUCCUUCACACCCGGGACACCCUGCUCAUGCAACCCAUUCUACGCUUUCAUCUCACCCUUCACAUCCUUCGCAUCCCUCACAUCCUUCCCAUCCCUCCCAUCCCUCACACCCAGCUCAUCCCUCUCACCCUUCACAUCCCUCUCACCCUUCACAUCCCUCUCAUCCGUCACAUCCACAGAAUCAUCCUGCAGCGCAUCCAGCAACGUCGCCGUUCUCAACAAUCGGCAAGUCUAUAGGUGGUGUAAGUGGCAGCAUGUUCGGAAGGUAUCCUCCGUCACACACGUUUUCAUCUUUAACAGCCUUUCCUCCAUCUCCGCUUCAUGAUCCUUGGGCUAGGUUGCAAACUAGAGCAGUGCCUGGCGCUUACCCAGGCGGCACGCCACCGACACCAUGGACGAUCAAACCCGAUCCAGCGGAGCUCGAGCGAGAGCAGCGUGAGCGAAAGGAACGAGAGCAGAGCAAAGAGCGGGAACGGAUGAAACGAGAAGAGAAGCAGCGCCGGCUUUUAAUUCACCAACAGCAACAGCAGCAACAACAGCAGCAACACCAUGCGUCACCGUUGCACCACCACACGACUCCGUCACCGAAGAUGGUCAGAGACCGGAGUCCGCUCAGGGAAUCAAUGCCUGUCGUAGUGCCCAAAGAAGAAGAGGUCGUUCUGCUCGGCAGACCGCCUCCACACUUCCUACCGCCACGACAAACUCCACGUACGCUUCCUUCACAUUUCACACCGUGGGAAAACCCCUACAGGUAUGAUCCAAUGAGAUUCACCCCACUAAUGGCUGCAUAUCGAGCUGAUGAAGAGUCGAAACUCUAUGGUGCUUACCCUCCUGCUCCUCAUUUGAGGAAGGACCCUUCGCCGACUCUCCGACCUCUACCUCCGAACACGGACCACCUGAAGAAAGAAGACACCUCGCAAUCACGAUGAUAGACUUAGCCAAGACUCCAUAGGUAGAUUCCUUUCUUCAACGGUGAAGAAGAGACUGCAGCCAAACUGAUGAAUCCAUGUGUUCUUGUUAUUAUUUAUUUUUGUACUCUGAAUCAAUUUUGCAGUCAAAUUAGUUUGUUUUCCUGUGAUGUGUUUACGAAUGUGCGACCCACAUUAAUACUUAGAUUAUCUGAUAAACUUGCGUUUGAUGUGUCGAGUGCAAUCAAAUGUGCUGUACUCUUUUUGUCGCUCCAUUUACCAAUAAUCGAAGCAGAAUAAUUUUUUGCUAAUUUUAUUUAAAUAGUCUUUCUACUUAUCGGUUUUAUUUUUUUUAAAUCUGAUUCAUCGAAUAUAAAAAUCGAUUCAAAGGCUUAAAAUGUAGACGAUGUGACGGAUUCAUGGAUGACAUGCAACCAGUCAUUGAGAAGGUUAACAAUUUAAUAACCUCCUUUUUAUUUAUUAUUAUCAAUAAAAUGAAACAUCCUGAAUCUUCAGUAUGUACUUAGUUCCAUCCAUUAUUAAGAUUUUAAUGUGUAUUUUUUAUAAUACAUAUCAGUUGCUUGUGCAAUUAUGACAGAGCGUCUACAUUUCAAAUUUAGCAUCACAAAAACACAGCUUUGUAAUUGACAGAGAAAACUGCCACUUUUCAGAAAUAUCUGAUGUAUUUUUGUGUUUGUUUAUAGCAUCCAUUUUCAAAUCUAACAGCAUUAUAUUCUUUCCAUAUCUUGAUAGUAUUUUAAACGUUUGAAGAAAGCAUGUAAUUCUUUGUUAGUUUUCAAAACGCAGAUGAUAAUAUCCGAUCUGUGCUCAUGAUGUCAUUGGGUACUCAGAUAGUAAAAUUUCAGGCUCUUUUUUUUUUCAAAGCGAUUCUCGAUCAGUAGCAAUUAUUGCAAAAACCUCUUUUUAAUUUAUCAUCUUCAGCUUCAGCUAAUGAUUCUUUAGACCAGAUCACUUUAGAUAUUUAUCACAUGUAGGAAGCAUUUUCAAAUUGUUUUUAAAUUAAACUAUUGGAAAAUUAAUAUGAGAAGUUUUGUCAAUUUGUCAGACGAUGUCUCUCAAAACUUUUUAUUUUUUUAUUUAUUUCUUUAAGUAUUAUCUAUUUGUAUGACCAAUUGCUGUCUCUGCAAAUUAAGUUCGUUAUGUUGAAAGAAACCGUUGAUUUCUAUUCGUUUUUCCUCUAAUGAUUUUUGUCUCUCCUUAUCCAGAUUUAUGUAGUAUUUUUUAUUUUGCCCUGAAGUCUAGAUACUUUUUGCUAGAAAUAUUUGACAAAAACUUGAUACAAAUUUGAGAAAAAGUGCAAGCCUUCCUUGAUAACGUUAAUUGGCAUUGUUUCUUUUGACAGAAAGUCAUGAUUUUCACGCAUCAAAAUUUAUGCAUCUUCCUUUGUAAAACUGUCUAUCCAAACUUUCAUGUACCUCUGAAAAUAUAUAGAAAGAAAAAUUGUCGAAACGGGUUUUAGGUGUAUUUUUUAGUGUUUUCCCAAUUUUCGUUUCAAUCUCUCUCUUUGUUGCGAACAAUUCUUUCUCUUCCUAAGCCUUGCCCAUUGCUGAAUGUUUCAGGUUUCUUUUCUCUUUAUUCUCUUUUAUUUUAGUCCAGCCUGGGGCAGCUGGAUCCUCUGUUCUUCUAUGAUUUUGUUUUAUUUUGCAAAGUUUUCGUUACAAGAUUUAGACUUUAUCUGUACAUAAUAUAAUGAUGAUCUAACACAAUCUGUGAUUUAGGAAGGUAAAUAUGUAUAAAAAAUUAAUUUGUGUAAAUUUUUCAAGUGAUGAUUAGGUAGUGUUUACACAAUAAACCAAUCAACAGUCUAAAUCGUGCGUAGAUCACAAAUUUAACAUGUCUUUCCUUUCAUUAGCGCUGUGGUGAUCAGCGAAUCGUCCCCGAUAGGACAUUUUUUAGGUCUGAUUCGUUUGAAAUCUAGUCAGAUUAUGUAACUUGUGCUUGUAGAUAUUUUAAUUUCUAAAAGAAUUUUGAACGAAUUCUUUCGUUUCCUGAAUUUAUGACUAAUUCAAUUGUUUUUGUUAUUCUGUAGGAUUUUUUAAAAGUGAUUUUUGCCCGUUCAAGUCUGCACUCUGGGCAGAUUGAUGGCUAAUGCAUUAAUUUUUUUAUUUUGUGCAAAGGUCGUCGAUAUCGUUGUGAGAAAUUCACUGUCAAAUCAUGAUCUGAUCAUCAUCGACUUUGAUAGAACCUAUUUUUGAUGGUUGUGCCUCUAAGGCUUUACGUUUUUCGGUUGAUGAAGACUGCAGAUGAUGUUUCCUAGUUCAUUUAAACUUUCAUAAUUACGUACAGUAAUAAUAAUACUAAAUUAAUUUCUAUCAAGAGUUAAAAUAAAUUUUCUAUCGAAACGAAGUUUGUUGUCUAGAUUAUCUAUUAACAGAGUUACUAAUCAAAAAGUUACUUGAGAAAGGAGAAUGGUCCAAUUAGCAUGAACUUACUGCUUGGAACUUCUUUUUACUAUUUCAGAAUAAAUGGAUUCUUCCUCCUCUUCACUGUUCGAAUCGACCAAUUUUAUACCUCUAUAUUACAUUAAUAGCCAAAUCAGCAUGCGGCUGAUUGAUAUUUUCGGUCUUUGCCUCAGUAUAAAAAAAAUUAUACUAUCUUGAUGCAUAAUAAACUUUUUUUUUAUCAUAAUUCAUAAAUAACUUUCUUUUUAAUACAUCAAAUGCAUCUUAUCUUUUGAUGUAUCUGGCCCAGAUAUGAUGCUUUUACUAACAGCACUGUGAUGUCAAUUGCUUCUCUGUGAAGACUGAAGUAUUUUUUUUUUAUCAUCUAUGAAACUAAAAACCAACUAGUAAUUGUUUAGCCUUAUAUUCAUUCUUUUUUAAGAAUGAGGUAUUUAUUUAACACCCAAUGUACCGAUAAAAUCGAUAGGUUUUGCAUUUUAUGCGGCUGGAAUUUCAAAGGUGAAGAAUGGAAACUUGUUUUUAACUUAUCUGCUUUUAAGCAUCUAUUUUAUGAAAUUUUUACCCCCGCAUCUUGAUGUGGAAACUAGAUUGGUUGUUCUAAUGGAGGUUUUAAAACCAACUUUUACUCAAGUUGAAUUUUUUUUUUUUUUUUUUUUUUUUUUUUUUUUUUUUUAUUAUGAUAACUUAAUUUUUCUUUGAAUAUCUUUUUCAUCUUGGGAACACCAAAAAAUUCCGAAACCUUUAAAAUGCACCUGCCAUAGCUACGUUCUCCAUUUUUGUCCAUCCGUCGUGUUUUAUCAAUUUAGACGCAUUCAAGUAUUAUGUGACUUGUUGGAAGUGGUUGAUAGAGCCUGGAUUAUUUUGAGGGAAUAAAGUUGGGCCACUUUCUAGAAAUGUAUUAGUUAAAAUAGAAGAGGAGAGGGGUCUAUUUUGCAUGCAUUACUUAAAUUCGAAUCUGCUAACCAGAAAGAGGCCCGACAUUGGUUGAGAAGUAUAGAAAGUGCAUGGCGCAACACUUGAAGGACCCCUCUAAGUGCAAUUCAUGGAACUUAUCCUACCUUGGUCGAGUAAAUCGUCUAAGACCUCGAAUCUCUAGUUUUCAUGAAAUGCCGUCAGUUCUGAUUUUUAUUUGAAUUUUGGAAAUUCUGUUUUUACAUGCUGCAUUGUGGUUGAAUUGGACUACAUUGAGUAAAUUGUGUCUGUGCUCUUUUGCCAUUUUACAGCAUCUUCUAAUUUUAGAUUCCUGUUUUCCGCUUUUUUUUUUUUUUUUUUUUAAUUACUGUAAUGAAGAUUGAAUCAAAUGUGAAAUUUCAAGUCUCUAUCUCAAUUUUUUCAAAAGAUACAAAGGUGGUGCCUGAGCCUAGUGAUACAGGACUUUUUGAUUACCCUAUUGAGUGAUCUGAAAAUAAUCAAAGUUAACUGGAAAUUCCCAUAAGUCAAUCUUUCCUUAAAGACUCAUACCAGAUCUGAUCAUGCAUUUUUACCGUAAAUGCUCUGUUUUCAUUUUUUCGUUUUGUAUUACAAAUCAAGAUAAAAUUGUGGGCCAUUUUAAAAAAGGGCAUAAAUGCAUUUGACGUUGUAAAGAUGUACUUCUUACGAUAAGUUUUUUUUGUCAAUCUCAAAUAUUUAUCUCUACAUGACCACUCUUUAAAAUUUUUUCAUCUUAUGAAGUCAUUCUCCUAAACAAAUUUUUAUCAAAAUAGAAGAGUGGUAAAGAAACACAAUUUUUUACAACACCAAAUCUACAUGUGCUCCUUUUCCCGGAUGGUCCUUCAAUUGAGCGAAAAUUUAGACAAAAUUAUGAUUUAGAUGAAGUAGUUGGUCUCUAUUUAUUUACAAAAGAAGAAGCAAAGCAAGUAAUGAGAGUAUUUUCAAUUUUCGUGUUUCCUAUUAUUUCUCGUUCAACUCAACAGCCUUGCGUUUAAUAAUAAAAGAAUUGCAGUCAUCAUAAAACUCACUAAUAGUAUAUCUGAUGUUAUAUACUUUCAAAUCACAGAGGUGUUCAAGUAAUCAGUCGGAAUUUUGUUUUCCCUUCGAGAGAAGUAGAAAAAAACCUUAAGACUGGGCUAUGCCAAAGUGGUGUUAUAAAUUAAUGAGGUUUCCAAAGGCCAGUCAAAGUUGAAAGUUAAUAUUUGCCUCGGCUAGAAGGCAUUUUAUCGGUUUCAGUACUUGGAAAAAAUUAUGAUGAAAAAAAAAAGAAAAAUUAUUUAUUAAAGUCAUCUUCUUUUAUUCAUAAAAAAUUAUGCAGCUUUUUCUGAGUGAUAAAUUGAAAUUUAGCGAUGGUUAAUCGUUUUGAAUUCAAGAUGACUUUAAAUUCGAGCUUGAAAUUGAUGCCCUGUAAAAAAUAUUCUAGAAAAUUUCGAUCGCAAUUUAAAGUUAAAACAAUCAGUCGUGUAUCAAAAGUUCCAAAAAUUCUACAACUUUUUGACUAGAAAGGUAAAAAAUGUUCACGCAGCUUAUAAAACUAAUUUAUGAAGUCCUGCAUAGACUUAUUUUAGCCAUCAGUAACUUUCCUUCAACAUAUGUUUUCAUGUACAGAACCAGAGUUUUGUACGUUGUAUCUUGAAUUGUUGUUUUUUUGUAGAUAUGUAAGUAUAUUUUAUAAUGAAUAAAAACCAGUGUAUAUUGUACGGUUUUAAGUAUGAUUAUAAAUAUUUAACAAUUUGUAGAGCUAAUUAAGGAAAUUUCCCUCAUUGAACGUGAAACGUUUGUAUAGAUAGAUCAACCCUGUUUUGUAAAUUUUAACAAAUUUCUGUACAUAUUUCUCCCUUUCUUUGUAAGAAAUAGGAAUAAAAUGAAUUUACUUUGAUUGUAGCA